UCGGCCGCCGCUCCUCCCCGUUCCACAGCGAGAAGAGAAAGUUCUGACUUUUAAAUCUCCUCAUGUAGCGAUAGCAGAGAGCCUUUUCAAGCGACAAAGAAAUUUGGACAUGAAUGUUCUGAAGUGAAAAGUCACUUGAAUCUGUUUUCCCGAAAGCGUGCGGCAUGAUGAAGCCACCGCCGCGCUCCGGCGUCUCUCUGUGGACUCUCCUGGUCUUCAGCGCUCUCCUCAAGAUCACCCAAGCACAAUGUCUCAGUAUUGGCUGUAGCAGCAAUGAAACUGUAACAUUUACAACAACGACAACGACAGUCACGUUUGGAUCCAGACCGAAUUGCUCCCUCUCCGUCAACAAUCAGUCAGCCUUGAUCAAUUUCACUGGAAAUGGGUUGAUAACUGGUUUGAUUCCUGGAACAACCUAUCCAAUCUUCCUUAGUUGUUUGAACUGCUGUAAAGAGGCCACCACAAAGCCUGAAGUGGUCGGGAACCUCAAUGUCACUGAAGUCACAACAUCCUCUAUAUCUCUGAUGUGGACUAAACCAGAAGGAAACAGCUCUUCCUAUAGAGUGCAGUGGACCAAUGGAAAUGUAAAUUACAAUGACGAUGUAACUCAAACGCGGAAAAACGUUACUAACCUGACUGCUGGUGUUCAGUAUAACAUGACUGUUACUGCAGUGGCAGGUGAUGGCAGUACUGGACAGAGUACAGCUGUUUCAAAGUACACAAAGCCUCAAGUAGUCAGAAACGUCACUGCCGAUAAAAUAACAACAUCCUCUAUAUCUCUGAUGUGGACUAAACCAGAAGGAAACAGCUCUUUCUUUACAGUACAAUGGACAGAUGGAACAAAGAACUUGAAUGAGAAUGUUACGGAAACAGCCAUAAAAAUAACAGGACUGACUGCCGGAGUGCAGUACAAUUUUACAGUCAUAGCAGUGGCUGGAGAUAUUGCAACUUUAGGAGAGCCAAAGAUAAUUUCCCUGUAUACAAAGCCUGAAGUGGUCAGGAACCUCAAUGUCACUGAAAUCACAACAUCCUCUAUAGCUCUGAUGUGGACUAUGCUAGAAGGGAACAGAUCUUUCUUUACAGUACAAUGGACAGAUGGAACAAAGAACUGGAAUGAUAAUGUUACCGAAACAAACAUCAAUAUAACACAACUGACUGCUGGAGUGCAGUACAAUUUUACUGUCAUAGCAGUGGCUGGAGAUUAUGCAACGUUUGGAGAGGCAAACACAAUUUCCCUGUAUACAAAGCCUGAAGUGGUCGGGAACCUCAAUGUCACUGAAGUCACAACAUCCUCUAUAUCUCUGAUGUGGACUAAACCAGAAGGAGACAGCUCUUCCUAUAGAGUACAGUGGACCAAUGGAAAUGGAAAUUACACUGACAAUGUGACUCAAACACAGAAAAACAUUACUAACCUGACUGCUGGUUUUCAGUAUAAAAUUACUGUUACUGCAGUGGCAGGUGAUGGCAGUACUGGACCGAGUACAACUGUUUCUCAAUACACGAGGCCUGUAAAGCCUGUGAACAUCAGGAUUACAGCGAGAGGAACCUUUUUCCUGAACAUCAGCUGGACUUUGCCGGCCGGGAGAGUUGAUAACUACGUUGUGAACAUAUCAAAUGAGAGAAAGACUUUGUAUGGCAACAUAACAGCAGUCACUACAGCCGUCUUUACUGAUUUACAUCCUGGGAGAAUCUUUUUUAUCACAGUGACCGCUGUAGCUGGAAACUUUAGUGCGAUGUCUGAUCAGUUUUCAUGUGCCACUGAACCCACACCUCCCGGCGCCAUCGUCUUCAGUCAGAGGACAAACUCUUCGCUCUCUCUAAAGUGGGCGACUCCGGCUUUAAUGGAGGAUGCCUCAAACAUCAGCUACUAUAUCACCUACCAGCCUGUUGGUGGCAAACUACAAAAUAAAAGUGCCUCGGUCAAUAGCACAGUGCUGGACUCGCUUUUAUCUGGAACUUCCUACAAUAUAACUGUACAAACGGUUGGACCCAUGAAUUUAUGGAGCACAAUUUUCUAUAUUUCUACUUUCACCUUGCCCAACCCUGUGUUGAACCUUGUAGCCAGCCCUAGUUCUACCACCUCAAUAAAAGUGAAAUGGUCAUACCCGCAGAAUACCAAGACGUAUUACCAAUACUUUGUUCAAACCUACAGUACUGCAGGACCACAGUUUAACCAGUCAAGUUUAACAGUCAGCAUUAACAACACUGAUGUACCCAACCUGGAGCCGGGAACUAGAUACAAUAUCAGUGUUACAACAAUAGCAGCAACAGGAAGUGAAUCCACAGUGGAAACGACAUACAGUUACACAAUGCCCAAAGCCGUGACCAACCUCAUAGUGGAGGAUGUGAACACCACAACCAUCCGGCUGAAGUGGCUCAGACAAACUGACUACAAGCCUUCCUACACCUACCUGGCGUACGCGCUCCUGAACGCCCUGGUGGUUCAGAAUGGUUCAACUGAGACGGAGACUUACACCUUCUUCAAUCUGACCCCUGGGAAUCUUUACUCUUUUAAUGUGCUUACAGUUGUAGAAGGUGUUAUGUCUGCAGUGGAAACCACGUCGGGUUGCACAAAACCUGAAGCCGUUACUGCCGUCAAAGCCAUAGGAAGCACAACAACCAUGUCAGUGAGCUGGACACCAGCAUUUGGGCAGGUGGACUCCUACGCUGUCCAGCUGUUCAGAGGGGUGCAGUUGGUGAAAAACAGCUCAAAUCUGAGCAGCACAAAUGUUACUUUUCGGGACCUGACACCAGGAGUGUCUUACUGUGCCGUAGUGAUCACAAAAAGUGGCCCCUACGAGAAUAACAACUCAGUUUGCAACGCAACUUUUCCCAACCCUCCUGGACCCAUCGCGGUGACGUCUCAGACUGUGGAGUCCAUCAACUUCACCUGGCCCUUUCCAAAGGGCAUGGACUACAAUCAGUACAACUUCAGCGUGUACAGCUUUAAUGGCUCCUUAAAUAGAACAUGGCCUUUUCCAGGUGGCAUGGAUUACAAACAGUACAACGUUGUGUCCAACUUUACCUUAGGUGGAAACAACUGGUUCCCGCUGCCCAACCUCCAGUCUGGAAGCCUCUACAGUAUCGCUGUUGUUACGGAAGGCGUGUUGAACUAUCAGAGCACUGCAGUGACAACAGAAAACUAUACCAGACCGUAUCCUGUAACCAAUCUGACCCAGACACAAAUCACCACAAAUUCAGUGACGUUGUUGUGGGAGCAGCCACAGAGCAAGCCUUACUAUUCAUAUGUGGUGCGGACCAACAACGGCUCCAUUGUUACAUCUGAAGUAGCCUUAAACAAACAGAAAGAUGUCACUGGACUUCUCUCUGGGAGCAACUACAGCUUCACUGUCACCACACAGACACCAGAUGGCACUGAGGCAGCACCUGCGACAGUGUCCUACUUUACACGUCCACAUGGAAUUGGAUCUUUGAAACCUGAAACCUUAAACACAACUGCUGUGCGUCUGAUUUGGGCAAAACCACUGGAGUACAAGCCUGAAUACACAUACUGGGUUGGGACUACAGACUGCGGGUUCCAAAACAAAACCGUCGCAGGAGAAGUCGCCGAGAUCUCAGAGCUUCCCCCCGGGACCAACUGCACCUUCUGCGUUGUUGUCAGAGCAGCGAAUGGCAUCGAAGGGAAAGCAAUCUGCACCUCCCAGUACACUAAGCCUGAAGCAGUGCAACCCAGGAUCUCCAGCCAGGGCUCCAAUAGUUCCAUCCUGGUGUCGUGGACCAAACCUCCUGGGACAGUGGAGCGUUAUGAGGUUUCCCUAAACAGCAGUUCAGAAGUCUUCCCGAACUCCACCAGUACUUACUUUCUGUUUGAGAAAUUGUCUGCUGGAAGACGUUACACUGCCAUGGUAACCACACAUAGUGGACCCUUCAAUGCGUCAUCUGGAUUCAUUACUAAUGCAACCUUCCCUAACCCUCCCGGGCCUAUUGAGAUCCUGUCCAAGACAACCAGCUCUAUUGAUAUCAGGUGGACAGAAGCACCGCUGAUGAACGGUGCAUCGUUCUUCUACCAGUUGACUAACGUAUCAGCCCAGGGAGGAAAAUCCAUCAAUACCUACGGCACUAGUCAUACUUUUGAUACCCUUCUUUCUGGAACUUCUUACAACUUCUCCGUUGCAACAGUGGGUGAGAUGGGUUUUGAGAGUGAGAGCGUUCAGAUCUACAUGGUCACUACAAGGCCGUUCCAUGUGCAGAUUCUUUGGACUUCUACAAAAGAGGAGAGCAUCACAGUCAAUUGGAGCAAACCCGAGGAAUACAAGGAAAGCUAUCAUUACUAUCUGACCUUGCAAGGCUCUGAUGGGACUAUUAGUAAUACAACAAUUAAAGAUACAAUGUAUACUUUCAAUACUCUAGUUCCUGGCAGCAGCUAUGUCUUUAAUGUGACCACGGUGACUUCCGAUGGAACCAAAGGUGCUCCAAGAGGGAUUUCCAACUGCACAAAUGCAAGCCCGGUGACAAUCCUCACGUGUACUGGGCCAAACACAAAAAACGCAGAAAUCCUCCUGUCCUGGACCAAACCCAAUGGCCAAUACUCUGGCUUCCAGGUCACUGUGGACAACAGUGAGAAGAACUCAACAAACACCUGCUGCAAUAAAACUGUGCCCAACCUUCGUCACUAUACUGUAUACAAUCUGACGGUGGAGACUCAGAGCUGUGGACUACCCAGCACUCCAGUGUCUCGUCUCUGCAGAACAGGCAUCACAAAUCCACCCAUUCCAGCAAACUAUACCUCCCUGGUAAUGGUGACUUCCAAGGAAUACAACAAGUUCACCCUUCAAAUUGACUCCAACCUGCUGGACAACAUCAACGGGCCAAUCACAUAUGUUGGGUUGCUGGUAACAGGCACCUUCUCGGGUGACAAUUAUGAUUCAUUGAAGUACGUGGGGAAAACUUACGAGCAGUGGAAGGGAAGUGAAACUUCAGGAUACAUGGCAACGGCAGUCAGACUACAGACACAAACGCGCAGUGGAGCGAGCCAUCUGAACAUAGUAGUUGGAGAUGAAACCAAAUGGGCGGGCUACACUAACGGGGCUCUGGACCCUAAAGGACAAUACCAAUUUGCUGUUGUGUUGUUCACCAAUUUGACUCUCCAUGACAACCGUGUGAAUGUUCAAGAGUCACUGCUUUCAGUAACAAACUUUUAUAAUGCUGUUAUACUCCCACCGAACCCAGUCAUUGGCAUUGUUGUCGGAGCAACAGUGGGAAUCUUUUGCAUUCUCCUCAUCAUAUUCAUCGGCUUCAUCAUUUUCUGGAAAAGGUCAUCCAAAAAAGAAUCGCCUGACAUCCAGAUACAUGCAAUGAGAGCCAAAGUGAGUGUGGCUGUGAGGGUGGAGGACUACGAAGCUUACUACAAGAAGCAGAAAGCAGACUCCAACUGUGGCUUUGCUGAAGAGUUUGAGGACCUGAAGCUUGUUGGUACAGCUCAGUCGAAAAUAAAUGCCCAGAUGUUGGAGAACAAGCCCAAGAACCGCUACAACAACGUGCUUCCCUAUGACUCCUCUAGGGUGAAACUCUCUAUUAUCCAUGGGAGUCCAUAUGAUGACUACAUAAAUGCUAACUACAUGCCGGGUUACGAGUCCAGGAAGGAGUACAUCGCAGCUCAGGGUCCGUUGCCCGGCACAGUCAGCGACUUCUGGAGGAUGAUCUGGGAGAAGAACGUACUCACUCUGGUCAUGCUGACACGCUGUAAUGAACAGGGGCGAGUAAAAUGCGAGCGAUACUGGGAUCAUGGCACCAAGCAUUAUGAAAACAUCACUGUAACAACAACCUCUGAAAUACCUCUAGAAGACUGGACCAUCAGGGACUUUCACAUAAAAAAUGUGAAAACAGCAGAGACCCGUUCAGUGCGUCACUUCCACUUCACCGCCUGGCCGGAUCACGGCGUCCCUCAAACCACCGAGCUCCUCAUCAGCUUCAGACACUUGGUCAGAGAGCACAUGGACCAAUACUCCAGACACUCUCCCACUGUGGUCCACUGCAGUGCUGGUGUUGGACGAACAGGCACCUUCAUAGCCAUUGACCGUUUGAUCUUCCAGAUUGAAAGGGAAAAUAUUGUGGACGUGUACGGCAUUGUCCACGAUCAGCGCAUGCACCGGCCCCUCAUGGUGCAGACAGAGGACCAGUAUGUGUUCUUAAACCAGUGUGCCAUGGACAUCAUCAGAUCAAGAACUGGAACCAAUGUGGAUCUAAUCUACCAAAACACCGGUGCACUCUCUAUUUAUGAAAACAUUGAUCCAAAAAAAGGGUUUCCCAAAAAGGGGGACCACAAUGCAUAAACCCGAGAAACCACUCAGGUCUUGCACUUCUCUCUUUACUCUGACUCGAGCAGAGAUUUGCAAAGGGAACUCAGAUUGUGCUACAAAAAAUUA